AUGUUUGCUUGUCAAACACCACCACGAACACAAUCAUCACUUACUCAAUCAGUUCUUCAUACAAUGAAUAAUGAUAUUCUUGAUCAUCUUGAAACAUUACCAGAAAUAAAUGAUGAAAGUGAUAUUGAAGCUGAAGAUGAAGAUGAAGAUUCAUUUAAUUCAGCACGUUCAGGUUUAACAACAACAAUGGGUCUACGUCGUACAUCAAUUGUAGCACAAACAACUACACAAUCAUUCCAUGAUUUUGUUGAAUUAGAAAAAACAAUUGAAAACGACGGAACAAAAAUUCAUUCGGAUAAUACAUCUUUAUUUCUCAUUGAUGAAACAACACCAUCUGAAGCUGAUAGCAUUGAAAUGACUAAAAUGGAUGAUGCUUCAUUUGCUGAUCCAGUUAAUACAAAAAUGAUUAAAGAAACAUUAACAUUAUUCUUAGCACAUCAACAGCAAACACUUGAACAUGAAGAAUCUCUUGCAUAUAAUAAUGAAUCUCUUGGACAAACACAAAACGAACAACAAUCUGAUGUUGUAGUCAAAUCAGAAGCUGAACGUGAAUUACAUGCAGCCCAAAUUGUUCAGGCUCAUUGGCGUGGUCAUCAAGUUCGUACUGAAAACCAACGUAAUAAUCAUCCAGUUGUUGCUAUCCUCGAAAAAAUUCGUGCACAUGAUCCAACGAAUAGUUCAUCAUUAACAUUACGUGAACGUAUGAUGCAAAUUGUACAAGAAUAUUCUGAAGCUUCAUCAUCAUCUCUUACUGCUUAUUUACAUUUUCUACGUGAUGUUGAACCUAUUGUUGCAUGUUGUCUUGAAAUACGUUAUUUAAUAGCUCAACAAGGUUUAUUACGAUUAUUUUUUAUAUUAAUGAGAUGUUGUAAUCGAAGUGGACCAUCAGCUGUUCUACUUAGUAAAGUAUUAAGUAUUUUACAAUUAUUUACUGUUAAACGUGGUCUUAUUAUGCCAUUAAUUGACAAAUAA